GAAAACACUACGAUUAUAUUUUCUAAUGUUUUUAAAGAAACUGCGAAUGAAAACUCCAAAGAAACCUGCCCUGACUCCUGCUCCCAAGAAGCGGCUCUACCCUAAGAUAGGCGUGAGCGUGGUACCGGUGGCGUUAAAGCAUGCCUAUCACAGCAACACAUUUUGUACACCGAACAAGCUAAAACGAAACACUGUCGCUGACAAACUGAACCAUUCGGAAAUGGGACUUACACCAAAGCAAAAAGAAAAGGCCCAAACAGGCAUGCUGGCUCCAUUGAUACCCGGAUUCUCUUCAAUGCUCCCAAAUUUAACUUCGAAAAAUCGGGAAUCGAGUAUUGUAAUGGACGGAUCCAUAGAUUCUCGUGCCUCGAUAAUGAGUAUGAACGUAUCAUCAUCAACUAUGUUUGGGAAUGAUGGCCCAUCGACGAGUAAGACGACUAGUUAUAGUCCAGUGGUACGUAAAUGUAUGGCCGAAAUCGGAAAUAUCAUGGACAACAAAAUGUCGAAAUUUCUGGAAACUCUCAGUGAGAAUUUUAGACCUCAAACUAUAAUUGUAGAAAAAACGCCCAGCUCUACGCCAUGGACGACCGAUCCAGGUAGUGUAAGAGCGUUGCCAACGGUGUUUCGCCAGGAAUUGAGAAGUAUUGUAAAAGAAGUAUUAAAAGAAAAUGUUGGCCAGUCAAAUGGAAACGAAACAGAGUCAAUAUUGGAGUCUUCCCUUUUAAGAAAUGAUCCCAAAUGCCAGCUGUUUUCAACAAGUAGUCCGGUUUUCAAAGUCCCUUCUGUACCUGAUGGAGGUUCUGAUAGUACUGAAAAAUCGAUUGAAGCUCACGAGCAAUCAGAGGAUUCUGAAGUCUUUGAGGGACGUCGGCAAAGUAAUGCUGCAAUGCGUCGAUCGCGGCGCAUUUCUCAUCGCUUGCAACAUAGCUCAGUUUCCAGUUUAGGUGCUUGUGGGACAAUAAACGAGACACUAAGACGUUCACGACGCAUUUCUACGAUGCGAGAAAAAAUUGAGGAGCAAACAAUAUCCGAAAUUAGCGAAACAUUCAAAUUGGCAGGAAAGAUCCAUCAUAAAAACAAAUCCUUAAAGCAGUUGCAUAUUGAAAGGCGAGAGAGUAUACGCCAUGCUGCACAUUUGAACGGUUUGGAAUCAGAUGACGGAAAUGAAGGGGUUAAAAAUAACUCAAAGAAAGCUAAGAGCACACAAAAACGAUGCAUCGCUGAUUUAAACAAUAGUGUCAUAGAAAGUUACUUUGCCAACGAACCGAAAAGUUCCACGUCGAAUGUUAAAUCAAGGAAACCCCAUAUUAAAAAACAUCGAAAAGCUGUACUUGAUUUACUUAACUCAGGCUCUAUGAAAGAAUUGCAGAUACUGCCACAAAUUGGACAAAAAACGGCAUUCCAGUUGGUGACACAAAGAACAAUAAGUGGAAAAUUUAAGAACAUCGCACAGCUUGAAAAACUGCCUAUAUGGCGUGGAAAUUCCUGGACUCGAUUUGCACAGGCCAAUUUACUACUAGACUGAAUCGUGUUUGUUUGAAAUUUAUUGAUUUAUAAAAAUAUUAAAUAAAAAAAGGUUUUAGUUUAAAAACUCCUACAGACAA